AUGGAUUGGGAAAGCCCUAACCCGCGGGGUUUGGGGGUCGCGCGUCGAGGGGCUCCGCGCGUGCACCUUCGAUGCCACGAACUCCGCGAAAAGUCCAAGGCUGAUUUGAAGCAAUCCUUGGACGGCUUGAAGUCGGAGCUCGCCGCGCUUCGCGUCGCCAAGGUGACGGGCGGUGCCCCGGGCAAGCUUAGCAAGAUCAAGCAAGUGCGAUUGGCGAUUGCGCAAACCCUUACGGUGAUGCGCCACAAGCAGUUGGCGUCUUUGCGAUCGGCGUACGAGGGUGCGAAGUACCAGCCGCUCGACUUGCGCAAGAAGAAGACGCGCGCCAUUCGCCGCGCCUUGACCAAGUCUGAGAAGGGCGCGAAGACCGCUCGCCAGGCGAAGAAGGACGCGGCUUUCCCGCAGCGCAAGUACGCGCUCAAGGCGUAA